UUGGUUGAGUAACAAUUUAAUCAACUUUGAUUUAGUUUUGUUCUAAAUGAAUUGGGCCGUUUCUUGGAACACUCGUAAACAAGUUUGACUCGGCGGAUUUCCGAGGAAGAAAUUCCAUACUCCGAUAAGGAAUCUUCGAGUUUGCCUCCAUUUUUUUUCCAGAUUUGCUCUUCCCUCACGCACAGGAAAACCUCAGUUUGUCACGCAAGUUUAUUUUGCUGAUUUCAUUCGGAAAAUCCGGAUUUUCCGAGAAAAUCUGUUCAUAGAGCUGCAAACAUGGCGAAUCUUAGCUCCGAAUUCGAUGAGAUGGGUUCCUUCACCUUCACUGACUUUCCUGAAGAUGUUCAGUUAUGUAUUCUCUCCUUCCUCUCUCCCUCCGAUGUAGUCACUUUCUCUUGUACAUCGAAGAGAGUCGUCUCGCUCUGUAGGAAUGAUCGGAAACUGUGGUUUACGAUGUGCGAUCGGAGAUGGGGAUCCAAAACUCAGAUCAAGAAUUGGGGAAAAGGAAACAUUACUUACAGGUUACUCUAUAGAACUCUUCUUCAAUGGGAGAAUCUAUUAGGUUUUUGGCGCCGGAGUGGCUCGUCUAGCGUAUCAUCGCCGCCGCUGGUGUUCUUCGAAUGGUGCUCGGAUUUUCUCGCUGGAUUUAGGGUUUCUCCAUCGAGUAACGGUACUUACGAUGUGGUUAAGUCUCCAUUUCUAUGGCUGGGGCUCUCUUCAGAAGGUAAGGCCAUGGGUUUUAUUGACCCCAAGGGCUGUUCAGACUUCGCCGGGAAAUUUUCGGAUUUGGGAGAAUCCGAUUUCUCCGAUUGCGAUUUGGUUCCCGUCGAUUUGAGCUUCAUGGGGAAAAAUCAUUUUGUCAUCGAGGAAAAUCAGACGUUUGUUUAUCCGAAUUCCCCAGAACAAAGGAAAAAGGGAUUCCGCCGGAGUUCAAGUUUCGCCAAUUUGGCCGCCGCAACUGAUGUGAACGAAGUGGCAAGUGGCUCUCCCGGAAGCUUACCGGACCAAUUAAUGUCAGAAAUUUAUCAGCAUUUUGCGAAUAGAACCAGUCCUGGAGCCUCAAGGAGGCAAAGGAGGAGGGAGAAGGAAAGACUAGGAAAGAAGAAAUGGGAACCAGAGCAUUUCGUUAAAAUUGUCAAUUGCUCGCCCACACCAUUGCGGCCAUUACAGGGCUUGUGGAAGGUUUUUUGACCUCAUGGAUUGAAAGGUCGGGCUGUGAGCUUAGUCAAAAGACAUAGUAGCCACUUAUAGGAUAAGCAGCCAACCUUCAUAAUGAGGAGUCAAAAAUAAGAACAAACCAUGAAAGAAAAUAGAUGUACAGUGAUAUGAAAUCAGCCCAAAGGAAAGCUCUGAUAUCAAAUGAUAAGGAAGCCCAAAGGAAAGCUCUGAUACCAAAUGAUAAAGAAUCACGGAAAGGGAAGUAAGAUUCAGAUUAUCUUGUUGAUUAAAUGUCUUAAGGCAAGAACACUUGUUUGAGAUUUGAAUCACCCCACAAGCAAGAUUGAUCAUGUCAAGGUUUAAUGAUUUUACAUGCAAUCUGAACUACAUAGAAUUGCACCGAAACUUUGGCUAAAGGAAAGCACAAAUGCUCCUUUUACUACAUUUUUCCAAGUCUAUCUUACAAAGGCAACAUAUAUGACUUUAUAUAGCCUCAAAAUAAAAAUCUUUAACCUUUACGAGGCAUUCUAAGAGUUGUAACUAUAUUUCAUGAUCAGAAGCCCUAAAAUACAUUAAAUAAACACCAUAACUCAAAAUUAUGAUCAUGAUCACCCAAAAUUUAUAACAAUGGAACUUGAUUCUUCUACAAUGGGGCAUGA